ACAAACAAUCAUCAUUGAGAUAAUAUACCCAAAAGACGAAAAUAUUUUCUUUCAAUUAUAACUUUACGCUUCUUGUUAAAAAAACCCAAAAUUUAUUUAUACAUUUGUAAAUGCAUACACGCACGUAUGUGUGAACAGAAGUAGUAACAAGUGUUGCAUGUCAUCUGUUGUGGCCAUCUUCUCGCGCCGGAAAACAUAAACAAUUUGGUUUUAAACUUUUCCCGCUUCAUUGAUUUCCGAUUUGGAUAACCAUCUGUGCUGCUAACAACUUUAGAUCUCUCACCUAAACUUGCCAAAAAUCUCUGUCUAUGCAUCUCGCCAAAUUGCUUCGUUGGUGCUCUAAUGGUUUCAACUAACUGCCUUUCUAAUCGAAUGGUGGAAACCAAUUUAUCUUUUAUAAUUUGUUUGGAGAUACAGCGCAACGUUAGUGUUUGCGUAGCCAUUUUCGUGCGUGCUUCUAGUUAGUCUGAUUCAAGCCAGAUAUUAGGUCUUGAGUUUUAAUGGUGCAGAACAUUGUGUGAUGAAAAACAAUCAAAUAUAGAGUAGUCUAUGGUUUUAGGCGAUUUUUGAGAAGCGUCAAUGAAUGGAUGUGCAGAAUAAACGCAGUAAAGUACUUGACACAGUUUGAAUUCGUCCGUUUACUGUAACAAAUUCGACGUUGAAUCCAGUGUGUAUGCUGUGAUGUCUGAAUAGAGCAUUGCAUAUCAUCAGCAUUUAUCUAAGCGGUUGCCUUAUAUUUUGUGCCGAAGUCAACUUCCUAAUCCUAUUUUAUACCAUUUACACGUGCUAAUAAAAGAAGUAUCUUAAGUCAAAUAGUUCAAAAUUUGUUGUGCCUCAGAUUUUCGUGCGACUGUGCAAACUAGACCUUUUGAAUGAAAUACUUACUCCGUCUGGUGACACAAGUGAUUUUAUGUCGUGUGUGAAAAUUUCAAAACCGUCGGUUUUGUGUACACAUAUCUCAUCCCUCUAUGGAUUAAUUGUGUGUAAUUGCCAAGUUCUUUUCCGUGACUAGUUCAAAUCCGGCGUCAAAAUUUUUUGGGAUUACAAUUUGUACGCAACAAAUCAACAAUCACAUAUGCAUAUACUACAUAGGAGCAAUGAUCAUCAAUUUGAAGAUCAAAAAUUCAUGAUGGACCGCCUAACAAGCCAUGGCAGCAUAGGACUGUCUAGUGGUAGUCCAGCAUACACAACACACACCGGCGGUCAUGGCGGGCGAGGUGGACCGACAGGUGGUCAUGGAGGAGGUCAUAGUGGAACACAUGGAACUGCCGCAUCCAUGCACCAUCAGUCGCUGCAGUCCGAUUUUCAACCACCGUAUUUUCCACCACCGUUCCAUCAUGCAACACAAAGUCCACCACAACAACAAAACCACGGUCCACUAGAAUAUUUGGGAACUGAUCCUUACGGCCAACCCCUAUCAUCAUUACAUCAUGCGCCGCUUCAUCACUACAAUCAACUGGCAGGAUUACGGCCAACACAAGAUCAACUUGGCAUACAUCGAUCUCAUCGUGAAGCUGAACUGCAAGGGCACGUGACACAGCUAUCACAUGGAUUUCCCUAUACAGAUCGAAGGAGUGAUUAUGGUGGAGCGAUAGGUGGUGCUGGCGGGCCCGGUGGACGUUUAGGUCAUGAACAUGAUCCCCUCGCAUUGCACCAAGCAUUACAAAGUGCGGUUGACGAUGGACAGAAUCCUGGUAUCGAUGAAAAUGCAGCAUUUAUGUCGGACCUGCCAUUAUUAAAAAAUAUGAAAAGUGGGAAGGAUGUCAGCAAUAUUGGCAUUGGAUCACCGAGUGAUGUAUUUUGUUCUGUACCCGGACGUCUUAGUUUAUUAUCCAGCACAUCGAAGUAUAAAGUGACCGUGGCCGAAGUACAAAGAAGACUUUCACCGCCCGAAUGUCUCAAUGCAUCACUUCUUGGAGGUGUCUUGCGACGAGCUAAAAGCAAAAAUGGUGGUCGCUUAUUAAGAGAAAAACUGGAAAAAAUUGGCCUAAAUUUGCCAGCCGGUCGAAGAAAGGCCGCAAACGUGACGCUUUUAACUUCCCUCGUUGAAGGUGAAGCAAUACAUUUAGCUAGAGAUUUUGGUUAUGUGUGUGAAACAGAAUUUCCUGCUAGACAAGUAGCCGAAUAUUUAUUAAGACAACAUACUGAACCUCAGGACUCAUAUAGGCGUAAGGAAUUAUUAUUAAAUACACAACAGGUCACAAAGGAACUGGUUAAUUUAUUAAAUCAAGAUCGUUCGCCAUUAUGCAAUACGAGACCUCAGCAUUUACUGGAACCCUCAAUACAACGGCAUCUAACACAUUUUUCUUUAAUCUCGCAUGGUUUUGGAUCACCAGCAAUUGUUGCAGCACUGACAGCAUUCCAAAACUUUCUCACGGAAUCUGUUAAAUGUCUGGACAAGAUGUACCCACCAAAUGGCGGGGGUAUGGUCUCAUCAUCGUUGGACAAAACAAAAAUGGACAAUGACAAGAAAUGAUAAUUCCUCCAUUUGUGGGAAGGUGUCCACCACUCGUAUCACAAUUUUCAUAAGAAGUAAGAAUAUUAUCAAAUUCAGAAUAGUGUUUAUGACAACCUAUACAUUAAGAGCAAAGUUGAAUCUAUUUUUGUCUUAUUUAUUUUUCUUACUUCGCGCAGUAUUCAUUGUUUGAAAGAAAAAAGAAAAAAAAUUAACAAAAGCAAACAAUUUUCGAAGAAUCUACUGUUUUUGUUAGUCUCAUGAAAUGUAUUUGUUUUUAAAUCAUUAAUUAGGGAAUCAUGUAAUUAUUUAAGUUAAGGAAGACUUAGCAAGAACUACAACAAAAAAAUGUAAUACUACACAAUGAUAAAAAAAUGAUGUUUUGUGAUAUAAAUAGUAUUUCUUUGUAAAUAGGGGAAUAUGUUUGAUUGCUAAGAUGAUAUUUGUAGUGUAAAAUAAUUCCAAUAUCUCAAGCUAGAUAACAUAUGAGAUUUUAUAAGAAUUUUCAUCGUUAAGAGAUUAGUUAUUCGAAAAUUUUUAUUUUCCACGAAAGAAAAGAUUAGUUGAAAUAUAUAUACUCAAAGGGUGCAAGGUUUGUAACCGCAUUCGAAUUAAUUAUUUAUUGAAUUUAGUUUCUUAUUGAGUCACAACGUUAAGGGAUUUCUAUGCGCUAUGAAAUAUCUACUUCACUAUUUGCGAAGGCAACUUGCAACUUUGGAAAAAGUAAAAAGAUAUCGCAGAGAUUUUUGAGGCUGAGAAUAUACCUCGAUCCAAGAUAUAGAGUCUACUAUUGAAAUCUGUUAAAAAAAGAUUAAGACCAAUAAAAGUAUUGUGCCAAACUUGCAGAAAGCCUGAGCUUCAAAUUUCAUGAAGUGUACUACAUAAUAACCCCUUUCCAGGAUAGUUUCUUACAAGUUGCUACCUUCGAAACAUAAGACAUUGUGCCAAAAUCUCUAAAAAUGGACCUCAGAUAGUUAAGUUAUGUUGAAUCUCAAUACUUUCUAGAGUCGUAACUUUAUUAAUUCCAAACAGAAAUCCUGUAAAUUACGAGUAAUUGUGGCAUUCCACUCAUUUAAAAUCGUGAUAACUUGAAGUUCGAAUAAUGUAAUCAUUUGAAUUGUCACUGUCAUGAAAAUUACCUACAUUUGCGAUAGAGAAGCUAAGGGAAAGAUCUUUUGUACAUUGCGCCAUAUUUUCUACAACUUCUACAAUCAUAUAACAAAUCAAAACUUCUAUACGUUGCCUAAAUAAGUAUCCACUUCUAAAGCCUAAAGCCAUUCAAAUGAACUCAAACAUAAAAAAAAAUAAAAACAAUGCAGAGUCAAUGUAAGUUGUUGAAAAUCCGCAUCUUGCCAUCUUUCUUAAAAUAAUGAAAGUAAAAAUGAAUCAAGUUCAAUAAAUUUAAGUCUGUAAUUUAUUUAUAAAAGAUAGAAUAGUUGUAAUCGUCAAGUUUAAAACAUCUACUAUUAAUCAUUCCAACUUUAAAUAGUAAGUCUGAUACAAAAGCAAACAAAAUUCAUUUCAGUAAACUUGUACACAUUGUUAAUUCGAAAUCGAAGGGAAAAACAUGACCGAAGUAAAAGGUACUUAGAUAUACUUGAAUCUGAAAUGAAAUCGGAAAGUCUCAAAACAAUUUUAAAUGUAAAAAUUGUAAGAUAGCCUUCAGAUUAAAUAAAAUCAAUUAUUAUUAAAUGAAAAUGAGAAAUCUAUUUAAAUGAAAUUCCAUCUAAAGUAAGGGGCAAUUUUUAUUAUAAAUCAAGUAUUAUUCUCAUCUCGAAUGAAACAAUCAAAUAUACAGAUUACUACGUUUAAGUGUAAAUCGGAAGACAUUUCAGUAGAACUACAUUUUAUUUAAUUGUAAUGAGAAAAAAUAAAUAGAAAUAUUUAAAUGAAUGGAGAAGAAAAAAAAAUAAAUAAAAUCCAAAUGAA